AUGAAGAUGAUGCGCUGGAAUCGUAUCUUGCCGAUACUUCUCGGCGUAAUGCUCAUUUCAAAAGGCUCUGUGAAUGGCCAAGACCAAGAUGAUGAUGAUUAUUGGGGGAAUGGCGGUGAACCGGAAGUUACAAAUACUCCAACAUACGACUACCGUCAGGAUGCGGAAACUACACCCUACUACGGAUAUGAUGAUGAGGAGGAAACUACGGAAUUCAACUACAGAAGAGAGGAAGCUACAGAAUCUGACAACGGAGUAGAGGAAACUACAGAAUAUAAUGAUUACGCUCAACCUAGAACAGAACCUGAUGAUGAAGAUGAUGACGUGCCAACAACUGAAGAACCCGUCACUUCUGGUCUUGACGAUUACACUUAUGCCGAAACAGAGGCACCAGAAUUCCAGUUUGGAGGAUCCACUACAGAAGAUCCACUCGGUCUGAUUCCGACUGCCCCUCAGGCUCCUGUCGACCCAUUCGUCACGGAUGCUUCUGAGAGUAUAACGGAAGAAACAACUGUAGAACCCAUUAAACCUACUCCUUUUUCCUUCCCAUGGGACACGGAUGCACCUGCGGGUACUAAAACAGAAGAAACAACUGUAGAACCCAUUCAAACUACUGCAAAAGAUCCUUCGCACAUAUUCGGCAAGAAUGCUACUGAGAGAACUACAGCCAUCCAAACUACUGAAGAUCCUUGGUUCGUUCCAUUCGGCACGGAAGAAACCCUCGAGGAAACAGAAUCCACUCAAGCUCCGGCUACUAAUGCAACUCCUUUCAUGGUUAAUGUAGAAACCAGUACUGAUGCUUCCGUUGAUGAACCCACUAUUGUUGGUAACCCGCAAGUUAUCCAAAGAGGAGGUGCACCUCGUCCGCACAAUCCAAUCGACCCUGCCGUUUUGGAAAGCUUGCCAACUAAUCUUUCUCUUGACACACUCCCUGAUGGAAGACCUAUCAAAGAUCUCGGCGAAGAAUUCGAAGUUGUCGGUGCUGGCGGAGUAGCAGGAGGAGAUUUCAGCAAGAUUAUUGCUAACAAGCACGGAUUCUACGUCUUGCACCCUGUUCAGACCAAGGCCAAGGAUAUCAUCUUCGAUCCUUACACUAUUGGACAAGUCCUCGGAUACCUUUAUGAGUUCAAUGAGUUCGGUGGACAAAGACCAAAGGACGGUUGGACUGCUGAGUUGAUGGGCUACAAGAUUCCACAAUUGAUCAAAAAGAAACGUUCGGCUGGAAUUCGUCGUGCAACUUUGGUUUUCAAAAAGAAGCCAGAAGUUGUCGCUAAAGAGGAGAAAGAAUACUGGAAACAGUUCAUCGCAUCCAUUUAA